UCAAAUAAGAGGUGACGAGUAUUUAAAAAAACAAUAUAUCCAUGAAAAAGAAAUUAGAUAAAUCAAACGCUUUUAUUUUGUAGGCAGCUUAUCAUUACAUCCGGUGCCAUUCUUGCUGAAUACGGCAGGUAGAGUUCAGUCUGCUGUUAGACGGGAAAAGACGGAGCUACGUUAAAAAUGGAGCCCAAACAGAAGUUGAUAAACUCAGUGGACAGCUGUGUGGACGAGGCUCUCUGCGGCCUCGUGAGGGCCAGUGGGGGCCUCUCGCUGCUGAAGGGCCACAGAGUCGUGCUUCGGUCCGACCUCGACAACCUGAGGGGGAAAGUGGCCCUGCUGUCCGGAGGAGGGUCGGGACACGAGCCGGCGCACGGGGGUUAUCUGGGUGCAGGGAUGCUGUCAGCAGCUGUAGCAGGGGGAGUGUUUGCUUCUCCACCUCCUGCCAGCAUCCUGGCUGCUGUUCUCCGCUUACACCACGCAGGAGCGUCCGGAGUCCUUCUCAUUGUGAAGAACUACACCGGAGACCGCCUCAACUUUGGUCUGGCUGCAGAGCAGGCCCGUAACCACGGCGUCGCUGUUGACAUGGUGAUAGUUGCUGAGGACUGCGCCUUCGACCAACCCAGUAAGGCUGGGAGGAGAGGCUUGUGUGGCACCAUCUUCAUACACAAG